AUGACGGACGUGAAGGAGCUAGGAGGAGAAAUAAGUGCAGUAGAUGUGAUCAACCGGGUCACAACAGAAAUAGGUGUCCAGUUAGUAUUAGGCGUUGAUUUGUAUUAUGUAGCAUUUUGCACUAUGUCAUUCGUAGUUGUUAUCUUUGAAGCAUCAUGUCUAUUCAUUAUGGAUCCGGGACCGGAGAAUCCCGACGUUUUGUACCUUCAGGCGGGUCAUUGUUCAGACCAUAUUGGUUCGGGAGAGCCCGUACCAGAGUUCACGAUGAUCGAGCAUUCCUAUAGUCAUUCGGCUUGGGUUAUUGAGGAUGAGAGGGUACUAGCUUUGAUCGCUCAGGCCGGUUUUCGACCGUGUUCGACGAUUCGUUAUAUCAGGCUUGAUUGGCCGAUUAUCACUGCUUUGAUUGAGAGGUGGAGGCCAGAGACCAACACCUUUCACAUGCAUAUAGGGGAGUGCACGAUCACUUUACAGGACGUGGCCGUCAUACUUGGGCUCCGGAUCGAUGGACCGGUAGUUACAGACACCGAUGAUCAUAGUUGGUCGGAGGUAUGUGCCCGGCUUCUUGGACAUGUUUCUGACUUGAGGAGUGGUGCGAUGAAGCUAUCGUGGCUUCGUCAGACAUUUCAGGGCGACAUACCAGAGGAUGCCUCUGAUGAGACACUCCAGUUUCAUGCUCGUGCAUACAUAUUGCACAUGAUAGGGUGCGUACUAUUUCCUGAUGCGAGCAAGACUCUCGUACAUGCACGAUGGCUGCCACUGCUGGAGGAUUUUGGUGUAUGCGGCGCACUAUCGUGGGGCAGUGUGGUGUUGGCAUAUUUGUAUCAAGAAUUGAGUAGAGUAUCUCUGAUGUAG